GGUUUAAUCGUUCGAGGGUAAUGUUGAAAAUGACCAAGUAUCCGAUUCGUCGAUCGUAGUACUACGUAGGUACGUACGUACGUACGUACGUAUGUACACACGUACUGUAUGUACUCGCUGUCAGAGGUAGUUGCUGCGUCGCUGCGUCAGGCGUCGCGGUUCUCAAAGCCGGCCUCCUAGCCGCCUAGCGCUGUUACUCUCCUUGCAAAAGCUGCUCAAAUUUUGUUAGGAGGCAACAGCGAACAGAGUCUCGCGAAACUCCGGAACCGCACAACACACACUGCAGUAGUCAACUCUAGUCGAGAUCGGCCCGCCGUGCCGUUCGUUACCACUACUUAUUAUCGUUACUGUUAUUAUUAUAUAUACAUACAUAUGAUAUAUAGUAUAUACAUGAUACAUAUACACAAAUAUAUAUAUAAAGAGGAGGAAAUAAUACGCGUUAUUCGCGAAACGCUUCGGUUUAAAAAUCAUCGUAUCGUCCUCGCACUUUGUUAAUCGUCGUUAAAAAAAAUUGAAAAAAAAAAACCAACAAACGCAAUCAAACAUUAACAAAAAUUAUAACUACCUACGUUGUUCUCUCCAAAACGAUAAUAAAAAUUAAUUGAAACCGAAGAAGACGAGAAAAAAAGAAAAAACUUUUUCGAAUCAUCGAUCAUUGGAUAUUAACAAAAACGAAAAAGAACAGAAUAACGAUAUUGAUGACGAAGACGUUGAAUUAAUAAAUAAUCGGUAAUCCUUGAUUUUGACAAAAUAAUAAAAAUAUGUGUAAAGGUGUUUUGUUGUUGCUGCUGUUGUUUUUUGUGUGUGUGCACAAAACAUUAUUAUGAAGACGCUUACGAUGUAUCGAAAAUUGUUAAUAACAUUAUUUGGUUUUUGAAACUAUUUCUCUUCUUUUUAUUUUAUUUUAUUUUUGUUUAAUACUACUACCACUACCAAUACCAGUUUUACCACUACCACCUCUACCACUGCUGCAAUACGGAUCUACCUCAUUAUUGCUAUUGAUUAAUUGAUAUAAACUUAUAAGAAACAAAAAUUAAUGAAAAUAGUUAUUAAACAUUUGUUUAUCACAAUUUAUUAUCAAAUUUAUAUAUGAAUAUAUUACUUAUAUCCUAUGUAACAUACGUACAGAUAACUCGUCGUUGAACGACUUAUUGAAUAUAACAAUUAAUUAGUAAAUUUGGAUAAAUCAGAUCAUUUUUAUAACUACAACAACAACAAUAAUAAUAAUAUUGAUAAUAAUCACUCGUGGCAAAGUAAUCUAUAUUUAAUAAAUAUUUCCCUGAGAAGCAACAAAAAAAAUCUAAUAAUAAAUAAAAACAUACACGAAGUACGGUCAUGAAUAACAAAAAAUUAAUAAAAAAUGAUACAGUAAAAAUAUUUUUUUAACUCGAUUAAGAAACCGUGAGAGAGUAUAAUUUACUCUGCAACGAAAACAAUUAAAUAAAUAAAUAACAAAGAUAAAGAAAGAAUCAAUGAAUUAAUUUUUACAGUGUAACUGACUUAUAUUAUUUAAACAACUUCACAUUAAAUGUACCCCGGAGGAACAAUUUGCGAUACCACAAUGGACGCAUGGAUGUACGACGUGGUAUCUAUGAUGUCAGGUGGUGACGGUGGACCGACAGUAAUGGUCGGAAAUAAUAGAACUAUACCUAAUAUAAAACAGGAAGUGGAGAAUCCGACAACCCCAUCGCAAAAUUACCAUCAAGUUUGUUCACCAACGACCACCCUACACCAUCAAGAUGUGGUAUGUGGUCAGGUCGACAUUCCUGAUUACGGGGGCGGAGGGGGGAGUCCUGGGAGUCCUGAGAGGCAUCACUGUUCAUCCACAACCCAACCUAUGGGAAUGGCCGAGGGAGGCAUCAAAGAGGAAGACAUGCUGCCCCGGAGACUUUGUCUCGUCUGUGGUGAUGUUGCUAGUGGAUUUCAUUACGGUGUUGCAUCGUGUGAAGCUUGUAAAGCCUUUUUCAAAAGGACGAUACAAGCGAGUAAUUUUACAGGAAAUAUCGAGUACACCUGUCCAGCUAAUGGGGAGUGCGAGAUAAAUAAAAGGAGAAGAAAAGCCUGCCAGGCUUGUAGAUUUCAAAAGUGCCUCAGACAAGGAAUGCUCAAGGAAGGUGUCAGGCUCGACAGAGUUAGGGGAGGAAGGCAAAAGUAUAGGAGAUCUACCGAACCAUACGCCAUGAUGGCUAGCAUUAAACUUGAAGCUAACGUCGGACCAGCAGUUGUAUCUGCGGAAACAAAUAACAAAUUGGUGGAAGCUCUUAUCACCUGUGAACCGGACAUGCUGCAAGCUUCAAGCCCUUCUCUAACUUUGGAUACCGAUCAACGCGUCCUAGGACAACUCUCGGAUCUAUACGAUCGAGAGCUUGUCGGUAUCAUAGGCUGGGCCAAACAAAUACCUGGUUUUAGCGGAUUAGCGUUAAACGAUCAAAUGCGUUUGCUCCAGAGUACGUGGGCUGAAAUCCUAACAUUUAGUUUGGCAUGGAGGAGCGUACCCAAUUGUGGAAAGCUGAGAUUUGCUCAGGAUUUUACUGUGGAUGAACGAAUUGCCAGAGAGUGUCACUGCGUCGAACUUUACGCCCAUUGUAUACAGAUCGUUGAAAGACUCCAACGGCUUAGUUUAUCCAGAGAAGAAUUUUACGUACUGAAAGCGUUGGUACUGGUUAACAGUGACGCAAGAUUAGACGAACCUCAAUCUUUGGUUCGAUUUCGAGAUGGAAUAUUAAACUCUCUUUCAGACUGUGUUGCAGCUGUGAGGCCUGGUCAGGCAAUUCGUUCUACGCAAAGUAUGUUCCUAGUCCUUCCGAGUCUCAGGCAAGCCGAUGGCAUAGUGAGAAAAUUUUGGACCAGUGUUUACAGGACGGGAAAAGUACCCAUGAAUAAACUAUUUGUCGAAAUGCUCGAGGCAGCUUGUUAUCGAUGAAACUUUUAGCACAUCUUUUCUCACCGUAUUGCUGCUCCACUAAAAUUCUUAUACUGACUAACAAUAUCUUCGAAUCGGCUCGUUAUAAUUCGUCACACAAAGACGAAGCACAGGUUUAUCAGCGGGACUUGAUAUAAUUCUUUAGAAUCUAAUCACAUAUGAAAAAAAGAACAUUUUAUUUUAUUAAAGAUAGAUGUAGAAUUUUUGUUUCCGUCAACAAGUAUUUUCUUAAUUUCUAUUUUUGAGGAUCGUAUAGUGUUACGAUAAUUGUUAGAAGAAAUAAUUUUUUUUCUCAUCAAGUUUAUCCGUUUUGUGAGUGGUAGCGAGUCGUUUUCGAAGUAUAGGUUGGCUAUGUAUUAAGUUAGUGUGAUAUAUCUGGAUAUGAGUCCUAUUUCAUGGUGACGCCAAAAUACCUAUCCAUUCGAGGAGCGUCAGUUCUAAUACCCAGAGAUAUGAGAAAUCGAAAUGUAGUCCUCACUACCUGUGACUUUAUAAGCCAGUGGGGUGAAAUAACCUCACGGGUUAAAAGUUGAUGAAUGAAAUAUAAUGAAAACAAUGAGGAGAAAAGAAGAAAAAUAGUGAGAUAAAGAAUAGCGUAUUUUUACGUCGAUAUGAUAAUUUGAUGGAAUCAUUUAUGCGAUUUCGAGAAUCGAACUGUGAAUACCCAUAAUAAUAACGAACGAAUAAGUAUAGUAGUGUGAUAUUUUCCAACUGUAUAUAGAAUUUAGAAAAGAAAAGUUUAAACAAAUGAUCAAAAAAUAGCAAAAACUAGAAAGUAAGAAAUUAAAAGGUCUAGAAAAUACGAGAAGAUGAAAUCGGUCCAAACAAAACAAAACGUAGAAUGCAGAGAAAAGUGAGAAUUGUUUUUUUUUUCCGGCGUUACCACAACGUUUAUUGGUAACUUGAGAAAAAUCGACGAAAACUAGAUGAAUCAUGAAACGAAUGCGUGUAAAUUUUUUUUUUCUUAUCUAUUCAUUAGGGAAUACUAAUAAUAAUGAUGAUAAUGAUGACGAUGUAUUGUACAAAGAAAAGCGAAUUACCAGUAAGUAAUUUAAUAAAUAAGCGAAUAAUUAAGUACGUAAUCAAUUAAUCACAUAUGAAGUAGAGGUGGUAAUGUGAAGUAAAUAAACUCCACUACGAUGAUUCUGUUGAUACAAAAGUAAACUAACUGAAAUAAGUAAAUCGUUUCAAUUAUAUACAUACAUAUACAUAUGUAAUAUUAAUUACCGGUCAAGUGACCACGGUGGAAAUAAGUCGGCAAUAUGUUCCAUAUAUAUACACAUAUACGAACUUAACGCUAUAUGUACACAAAUGUAAAAUUAUUAAAGAAUAGUAAUAGUCAUAACAACAACAAGAACAACAACAAUAAUCAUGAUGGUAGGAACUUGGCGGCGAUUCGCUGCCGCGAAUCUUAGUUCAUAUAAAGUCGUGAAUAAUAAAAAACAAGAAAAAUCGCAUCGUGAUGAAAUCCUACAAAGACUAGUUUUAAGAUCCUACACCCUUGGUCUAUUUCACAUGUGAAAUACACAUGAUUACGUUGUACAAGUACGUACAUAAAUCAAUGUCUCACACAUUAUCGAUUAUCACCACAACAAUUCGUCAUCAUUAUUGAUGAUCUAGCGAUGUUGAACAAACUUGAAACCUAUUAUUUAUACAUAAUACAUCGCGUGAAAAAAAAAGUGAUAAAACGUUUUGAAGUGAACAACAAAAAGCAUAUACGUAUAUCAACAACGAACAAUAAUCACAAUGAUAAUGAUUUUAAGUUUUCAGUCAAUUUUUUCUGUUGUUUCAAAUACCGCUGUGACCGCCGCUGCUGAUGCUGUCACUAAAAGUAGAAAAAUAACAUUCAGGGAUCUUAUUAGUUAUUGUAAUUACUUUAAUUUUAAUUAUUAAUAUUGUUAUAAGCGUUAUUGUCAUUAUUACCAUUAUUAUUAUUGUUAUGAUUAUUGUUAUGAAAAACGACUUAUUAUAGAAGAAAGCAAACUAUGCGGAGUUGUAGCAGCUAGAAGUAAGUAGCAAUCGUAACGAUGCAAAUAAUUUAAUAACACCGGCAAAGAUUUUUUUUCCAUCAUCAAAUAGGUACCCAUAAUUUUUAUCACCAUCACAAUUAUUAUUUUUUUGUCCCUCUUUUGUUUAGCGUUACGAUAUUGAUGACAAGAUGUCAUUACGGUGGUAAUUAUUGUGAUUAAGAAAAAAAAAACAACUAACUUAUGGCUGUUCAAAAUCACGGCGAUGUAAAAAAACUGGGUGAAUGCGUAGGUAAUUAAUUCUCCCCACCAAAUGUAUUUUUAUAGUUAUUGAAUUUUAUUUUGAUGUUACGCCAAUUAUUUUGGUAAGCAUUGAGAAUUUUUUUAUUUAGAAAAACAAACUGGUGAACUUUUCAAGAAUAGAUUUAGGUAAUCCUUUUUUGUUUGAAUGAAAUAUAUUUUCACAAUAAUUCGCGAUAAUCCCAGAUUUAAUCGCUGCCGUGAUGGUAGAAUUGUAGACUCAGGGUUGCAAGACACAAACAAAUAUGAAACAAAUAAGUUUAAUAUAUAAUUAUAUUCAAUAAUGAUAAAAAAAGAAAAAUUAAUGCUAACAAAUAAUAGUAUGCAUUGAUAUACUUAUGUAUAUUAUCAAUUGAAUAACUAUCAUAAAUUUAUGCUGUUCGAGAAGGAAGAAGAUAAACCAACAAAAAUAAAACAUCACGCAUACGUGAAUUUAUAUCAUAGGUAAAUAUCUAAUACCUAUACCCAUACAUCCACAUGCAUAUAGGAGAUGAGGAUGUAUAAAGAUGAAAUCGAUUCAAUAAUCAUGUAUGGAAGUUAUUUUUGAAAUAAACGAUCGUGCAAGGUCUUUGGAAAAAAUGGAAGAAAAAAAUAGAAA